AUGAGGCUUGGACUGAUGGAGAUUAUUGUCGCGUGGUCGCCGAGUAAGGAAGGGAGUCAGUCCCCUUCUCAACUGCUACCACUACAACGUGCCCAAACAUACGCCUCUUUCCUCACCCAAAACUCGUCCUAUUCUCAACAUAUCCAGCUGCGGCGCGAACGUGGACUCGUAGUUGACAGACAGACACACGCUGGCUAUUUCAAACCCGGAAUCAAGGGUCUGAAUCAGCACCCAGACUUGGAAGGAAGGAGGAAACAGCACAGAAAUACAUACGUACACGGCACCGCCGCACCCAAGCCUGGCAGCAGCAACGAGGACUCUCUUGCUCUGCUCCCCCCGAGCGAGCAAGCAAAGGAACAAACAAGGCGGGCUGUAAUUGUGGGAGAAGAAGAAGAAGAAGAAGGCGCGAGUUAUGGCGGCGACACGGUGAGACCGCAUGCGGGAAACGGACAGUCGUCGCCUGGGCCCCCUGCACCGGGCCUGCCGUCGACGUCGACGUUCUCGUUCAAGGCCCCGUUCCCUGUGUCCCCUGUGUCGGCGGCCAAUGUGACGGCGCUGAAGCACCGCCGGGUGUCGCUGGCCUCGCCCUCGUCGCCUCGUAUUGUCAAGCCAUGGAGCUUCAGAGACGAAAUGGGGUUACAGCCACAGGCUUCGGAGGAUGCGAGUGUUACGACGGCGGCGGGGAAGGCUACGUCAGCUAAUACCGCUGCGAGUUCGCCGUUGGCAGGAUCACCUUCAGAGACGACGACGCCGCCCACCGACGGGCUGCCGGAGAAGAAGGGCAAGAUGCGGAAGAUUGACCCGACGCAGAACAGCGACGACUCGGCUUUGGUUCUGGAGAAGAAACCUAGGAAGAAAUGGUCUUCGGAGGAGACGCAGAUGCUGGUUGACGGGUGCAAUAAGAAACACUACCCGAAUGCACGCACACACCUUUCCAGCAAGAUUCGUUCGACCUUUGCGGAUGGAACCUCCCUCUUCGAGAAAACACGCAGUAAGCGGAGGAGGCCAUUCACAGAGGCGGAGGACCGCGCACUGAAGGCAGGCUAUGAGAAACACGGCACGACGUGGGCGACGAUUGUCAAAGACCCGAUCUUCCAGGAGCAGAACCGGCGCUCGACAGAUCUGCGUGACCGGUUCCGCAAUGCUUUCCCGAUGCUCUAUCAAGCGGCGGGGUACAAACCGCGCACGGCGGCAGCGAGCAAGAAGCGGGAUAAGGAUAAUUUGGAUGGUGCGCCGCAGGUUAUGAGGGCGGCCGAUGAUCAGCUGGCGACCGCUGGACCGGUGAGGAGUCGAAGGAGGGCGCAUACGAGUCAGGGGCUCCUGAGAGGCGGUACGAAGAGUGUCCCACAGAGCACGGCGUGUUCGGAGGAUGAGGACAGUUCGGGAGGGGAGGAGGAGAGCGAGAGCUCGCGAAGGGUGUUUAAGACUCCACCGUUGCCAGUGUUUGUGGAUGGAAAUCAUGAUUUUAGGGCGGGGUCGAAGAUGAAAAGGCCCGUGAAGGGUACUACGUCUGUCAGUGCGCCGGUGAUUUCGACUUCGGGGUCUGCUUCUUCAAAUACAACUGCCCCAUCGACUACUACGUCGGCUCCUGUCUCCCAACCGACUGAAUACAAUGAUGGACCUGAGGAUGAGGACAUGGAUCUCGUGCUCGUCGAUACGGACCCGCUGAACAUCCCCGACUUCCUCCCGAAUCAUACACAUUCCGACAUGGAGACCUGGUCGUCUGGACUCAACACUCCAACUCACUCGUCUACAGCUGCAUGGUCCACAGCCGCUGCGUCACCGACUUCUAGCCACGUCUCAGACUUUUUCUUGACCGGCAAUGCCACGAGCAACAGUGCAUCAAGCGCCUCGUCACCUUUCAUCCACAGACGUACUGACAUUCCCGGCUCGCACAACAUGGGAAACAUGAUCGGGAAGAGCGCUUGGGGCACCAACGACUGGUUCUCGCCUAAUCCGCGGCUGGACAGCGGAAACGGCGGGAACGCAAGCAGCAGCGCCUCGUCAUCGUCGUACAUCGACGCCUCGAGCUUCUCGCCCGCCUCGCCAUUCUCCUUCCACCCGCAUCUGAACCACGACGUGCUCGACCGGUACGACCUCUUCCCACCGUACAUGCCCGACAGCAACUCGUCGGAGGUGGGGCACGGCGACGCGCACACGACGUUUUCGGGCGAGUUUGGGCUCGGGCUGGGCCUGGGCGGUGCGAGCGGCACGUCGAAGGGGUACCAUUCGCAGAUUGCGGGCGACCUCAUCUCGGGCGGCGCGCGUAUGCACCAGCAGCCGUCGUCGUUCGCCGCCGCGUUUCUCCCGCUGUCGCUCUCGUCGGGGGCGGCAUAUGGGGGUGCUGGGGCUGGGUUCGGCGGCGCGGGGCAGAACGGGGAGAUUUCAGGGUUGGGGCUGGAGGGUAUUCAUCCGAUGCAGUUGCAUGGACAUGGACAUGGACACGGGCAUUCGCACUCGACGAGUUUGGCGGCGAUUGAUGAGCUUGGGCUGACGGGUAUUUCGUUGAACGACCGUGUGGAUUCGAGCUCCGGUGCGUCGACUGCGUCUGGAAAUGGGGGCGAUGCGAUGGAUGAUGGAAGGAGAGAUGGGGUCGGAGGUGCAGGUACUGGGAAUAACGAUGACGAGCAAGAUGCUGUUAUGAUGGAGAUGGCGUUUGGGAUCCCGCAUUCACCGGAAAAGGCACAACUUCAGCAGCAGCAGCAGCAGCAGCAGAUGAGGAGUCUCCAGGAAGAGGAGGAGGCUAAUUCGGUUGAUUUGGACAACUCGCUCAGCUCGGAUUCGUUUGGGCUGGAUGAUCUUGUGGAUAUGAAUGAGCUCCAUACAACGCCACCAGCCACACCCGUGUUGACGCAGCCGCGGCCGAUGAGGCGGGCCUCUGGGACGAUGAUGCACAGUUUCGAUAGCCCACUUACAGGAGGCGGUGGUGGUGGUGGUGGACAUCACGCAAGAUCCAUCUCCGUCCCACCCUCUGAGGCGCGAAACGUGUUUCUCGGCGGCGGAAUACCGAUGUCGAUGGACGAUGUCGGCCUGCACAGUAUGCAUGCCCCCGUAGAUCUGCAGCAACAACAGUUGGCCGAGUCUGCACGGACGCUGCACGCGUUUUUCAACCCGCAUCUGUCGUCUCCUGUCAGUGGCAACGGCCAUGGACAUGGACUUAUCGCGCAACAGAGGCAUAAGGCGUCGGAGCCGAUGAGGUUGGCCAAUAGCACUGGUUCGAUGCAGCCGCCCAUGUCGCCGGUUCUGCGACAGCAGCAGAAUGGUAGUGUUCAGCAGCAGAUUCAACAACAACAGCAACAACAACAGCAGCAGCAACAACAACAUCAUCAGCAACAGCAACAACAUCAUCAGCAACAGCAACAGCAACAACAGGCUACGGGUUCUGUGUAUACGAACAACCUCCUUUCGCCAUCGUCCCCGUCAAUUCUUUCGCCAUCAUCAAAUUCUGCAUCCGCCGCCGCCGCUCAUCAAGAGCAUGGCAUUGGCAUUGGCCACUCCGUCCAUAUGAAUAUGAACGAACAGAACCUCAAUAACGAAAUAUGGCGGAAUGUCUUCCCAUACAACUUAUCGUUCCUAGAUCUGCACACGGAUUACACGCAUGCCCCGGGCCAUCAUCAUUCUCAGUACGGUGCGCUGAACAACCACCAUGGCUUAGGCGGUGGGCUAGAUGUGACGCUAGAGGAUUAUUCAGAAGCAAGACAAGGUCUAGCGUUAGAUCUGGCUCAAACGGCUGUGUCGUCCUCGUCGUCUCUGUUCGGUGCUAACGGUGCCGGCUUUGGAAGCUUCAAUAUGAACCUGGGCGCGUCGCUGAGAGGGUUCAACCCCUCCCCUGUGGGAACGAUCAGGCAGCGCGGUAUGGGUAGGGAGAAAACGCCGAUCCCUGCACGGUUCGUGGCGCCUUCGCAGACGGUGUCCACUGUAAACGGGGAGCUCAGCGAGUUGGGGAUCGUAGGUGCGACUGUUGAUGGGCACGGUGGUGCCGAGGAUGGUGGAGGGGGUUCGAACAAGGACGGGACUAUUAGGAGUCGUAAACAACCACACCGCUCGGGAAAUGGGACUCUUGGGAGAUCAAUGAGCCAUCAUAGGGGCCAGAGCCAGAGCGCUGUCUGUCCACAGGACCUCAUGCUUCGCAGCGACAAUAAGAGAAAGAGGGCGAGUUGGGAUGGAGGUAUAGCUUGA